GAUUCCUAAAACUGGGAAGAAGAUUCAAAUUUAUCAGCAAAGACAUAGUGAUGAUGGAUGAGCGUCUGAUGGAGGAGAGAAGCGGUAAACUCCUCCCUGAUUCGACGACGGGGAAGUUAAAAUCCCUUCUGGGAUCAGUGGAGGUUUCUUCCUAAUUCUACUACAGCUUAUUAUUUCUUUACAAUUUCGUAUUGGAAGGAAAUUUGGUUGUUUUUGGGGGCGUGUUAAGUGGAUUGCCUUUGCUGUAAUUUUUCAAUUUGGUUAUCUAGUUUAUCUUCGCACUUUAAUUACUUUUGUUUACAAUUUAUGACUGAUUAAUUAAGUUAUAAACGAGAAUGUUAGUCUGAAUGUUGGUGCAUACUGGCUCAGAUAGGAUUGGCAAUCAAAAGUUGGGUAUCAUUGACAAAAGAUAAAAUGGAGGGGAUCACCCUAAGAUGAUGCAUAGAAAACCUAUAUUUUUCCCUGAUAAGAGGAUCAUUUAGAAUUAUUUGUUCAAAUUAAAAGGAGAUCGGAAAAGAUAUGGUUUAUUUGGAAAUUAGUCUGAUGAUGACAUAUAAUUGAUACAAGUGAUCUUACGCAGUUGAAUAAAGCUACAUUUUUAUUUCCUCUGUUGAUGACAAGCUAGGCAACUGCUUGAUUAAAAUGUUGUUUGCCUAGCAAUAUUUUAAAAAUAUCAUGGUUACCUAAUGUUUUCAUGCUGUGCCGGUGAAUUUCUGUCUUCAGUUCAUGAUUUUUGGUUCCUGCAGGAUCUUGAAAAGCAGGAAUCUGAAGUCGUUUCUCGUUUUGUUGUGGAGCAUGCCUUAUUGCAGGCAGAGGUCGAUGAGUUUGAGGGAAUGUUACAGAAUAAGACAAACAUGGAUAUCUUCAGGGACAUGCUUGAUCACAGCUUGGAUGAAUCAAAAGAGAAACUGAAUGUGUUGAAGAAGGAACUUGCCUCUAAACAAAGGACAAUUUUACAGCUACACCGACAGCUAGAUGAUAUACCAGUGCCAGCUGAACUGCUCCAGUACGAACUAUGCUUUUCACAGCUGUACACAAGUAUCCAGAGAAAACUUCGACAAACUCGAAAACAUUAUGACACCUUCAAUGCGUUGCUGGAGAUAAAGGAAAUUAUGCUGAAGGAAACAUCAUUACUGAAUUCCAUAAGCUCUCAGUUUCAAAUUGCUAUCUCCAGUCCAGUUGGCCGAACUAAGCUUGUCGAAUCUAUGGAGAAGAUUCUAAAUGGCAUUCAGCAGAAGCUGGAUAAGCUGCAACUAGUGCUUGAACCAGAGCAAAAGGCUUGCAGAGCUCUUAAAGAAAAGCAUAGAAAAGCACUAUCAGAUCAAAGGCAGUGUUAUUCUCUUUUACAAGCUUUUGAGGUAUGACCGUUACGUUAUCUUGAUAUAGACACGCACCGUACAGCAGAACUUUUGUGUAAUUACUUGGAUUGACGUUUCUCUUCCUCAAUUGUUUUUAAUCUUUCCAAAUUGAAAAUUUACUAAAGUAAGUAGCGGAUAAUUUCUACAUUGAAAAGGUAAAAAAUGGAGUUGGCUGACAUGCUAACACACUAAUGUGAUGCUACAAGCUUACUCGUUUGCAUGAUUCAAUACAUUGUUGAGGUCCAGGAAAAGAUUUUUGACAUUCUUAGAGUUAGUAUACUCGGUCACAUGUUUGAUUAUGCGCAACUGUGUGUUAUAUUAUUGAGAUCUAGGAAAUGAUUUCUGACAUUCUUAGAGUUAGUUUCCUUCACCAUGUGUCUUGCAUUUUGUAUUGUCAAUGCGCCAAUGCCACUAGUAGUUCAUUAGCUGACUUUUUUCAGAAGAUAAAAGGUCCAUGUCGAAAAAGGGAUGUCCUCAAUUCCAGUCUUUAGGUCAUCUCCAUGGGAGACAGUAAACCUGUAAGGUCUUAAAGAAAUUUGUCGGUUUUGGGCCUUAUAAUUUCUUUUUUUAUUCCUUCCCACCAAACGGGUGUGCAGGUGCAUCAUCCUUUUUUUUCUAAUAAGUUCAUCUUCAACUUUAAAGCCGUUGACUAGACCAUACAAAACGCCUUUUGUCUUAUUUUCAAUGUUCAAACAGGACAUAUAUUGCAACUAGCUCAUUUGUUCUGAAGGACUUUUCUCUUGUUUGUAUUUUUAUAUUUCUCCAUAUUUUCCUUUAGAUUGGCCAUGCUUGAUGAAUUUAAGCCCUUCUUGGGAAUUGGAUCAUGAAUUAGUAAACUUUUUGCUCUCCAAGAGUGCUCCAAUACCAAUAUAUCACCAAUUUGGUGACACCAGCUCCACUAAGGAAGUAUUGAUAAGGCCAUCUCCAAUGUACCUCACCAAUUUGUUGGAACCAUUUCACCAUAUUGCCAUUUGGGUGACCAGUUCAAUAAUACCAUCUCCGACACACGUCACUCUAUUUUGUUUUUGUAGGAAAUUAUGUCUUUUUUUUGCUCAUAUUCAUGUGCUAGUACAGUGAGGAGGGUUACAGAAAGAAGUGCAAGAAAUCUCUUUGUUUAUGUUUGUAAUACAUUUUGAUAUUUGUGAUGUAUGUUUAUAAAAUGUUAAGAUAACCUUAAUAUCACCGUUGGAUGAAUUGUAAUAAUUAUUGUUUCAUCAUCAAUGCCAUGUGCAUCCAAACCAUUUAGAUAUAGUAUUUAAAUCAAGUUGCAGUUUUUUAGGGUAAAAAUAAAUUUUAUUUUAGUUUUAUGUAAGGGUUUGUUUUUUUUUUUUUUUUUUCCUUUUAUUGUGUUGAAGCACUGUCCGUGUUCAAGUUGCCAAUUCGUCGAAAGCAUCUCCUUGAGUUUCGAUAGCAUUUUCAUAAUGUUAGUCGAUAAGUUUGUAGAUAUCUUACAGACCGUCUUCUAUUUACAUGAUUAAGCAAUAUUUCAUGAUGAAUAGUUGUGAUUUGACACCAAAAUUGAGUCAUAGGAUAAUGACUUGAUUUUUCUCAAUUGAUUCUGAUACUUAUAAGACGAAGACACUUUACCAAAUUUGAGCGUGUGUGCAGUUUUUCUUAAGAGAUUUCUAACAGUGUUGUUGAAAUGUUUAUGGUUCAAUAUGGUAGAAAAAACAGUUAUCUAUAAUAGCGUUGUAUGGAAGAAAAGCGAAAAGAAUGACUAGAUGAGGCUGUGAAUGGAUAAAGUUAGAUUUCUGAACCCUGUCUUGUCCUGGUUGAAAACCGAAAGCAAUAUUAGAGAGGGGUUAUUACAAUCUAAUUUAACUGUUGUAUAGAGUUUUGCUGCAAAUAUAUUCUGUGUAUUGUAUGCACAGAAUGUUAUAUCUCUUUACAACCAACUGUUAGAUUAGAUUGUAUCGUCUCAAUCGUUCAAUACAUCUUCCUCACAAAAUCCAAGACAAGAUAUGGAAUCCUUGCACUUAAAUUUUUCAUAAUCUUGUCACAACGUAGUAUGAAAUAAUUUGAUUGCAUCCAUAUUCAACUGUUCACUGUUAUUUUCAUUUUCCUACAUAUGUCUACACAAAUAGUUGCUUUCUUCUACCAUAUGGAAACCAUGAUGUGUUUCUCGGAAGACCUAAAUAAACUUUUAACACUUUGAAAUCGAUAUUUGAAG